GUUCCUUCUGUCAUCCAUAUUUGUUUCAUCUCUCAUAAGAGCCGGUCGUGGCUAGACACAAGCGCGACAGGGGCCGCUCAAGGUGCACGCGUGUCUGUCCACGUCAGUGCUGCUCGGUCAGUCUUUGUGUGCGGACUUAUCUGUGAUAUGAGUUAUUCCUGUCCGGC